CUAGACGUCUACCUAUUUCCGUGUCAGCACAGUUACCUGUCCCUAACCUGAGUCGACCGCUUGCCCCGCAAGUCGCAAGCCCUGCGUACCCUCGCACCCGAAUCUCUGUCCCUCUCCUCGGCCACCCUCGCCUUCGUCCUCCGCUGCCGGCUCCGCCGUCUUUAGCGGUCCGCGUCACCUCUCCUCUUCUGUACCUCAUCUUCACUCUCCAUCUCCGGUGCGACGCCUCUGCAUCAUUAGCUCCAACCCUGUUCUACGCCGGUUGAUCGCUGCCCCCGGCGUCUUGCGGAAAGACAUAGUACUUGAUUGGCUGCUCUUUUUCAGAUAGAACUAGCCAAGUUUGAUUCGAUAAAAUCUAGUGCUUACCUUCAAUCUGAAUGAAUGAUUGAUGGUUCAGAUAGGUGCAAUGCUACCGAGGCUUAAUCAAAGGUUUAUCAAACACUACGAGCAACAUGGUGUAAAUAUUGCGCUAAGCUACCUGAAAGGUUCUAUGUGCUUUCUUUCAACUAGUUCUGGAGGAUUCACAGAGCAUGUAGAGCUACCAGUAAGGCGUCAAAGAUCAGAGAGGAAGCCAUUGGUGACUAGCAUCAAUCACCUCAAACGUAAUGCCAGAUUGGAGAGGAAAAUGAGGCAGGAUGUUCGGGAGAUUAUGCUCAAGCCGCCUGAAAAUGGGUUGCUGGUGAAGAGAUUGAUCCCUGUUGCCCAUGAGGUCUAUGAUGCAAGGAAAGAGCUCUAUGAUUGUGUCUCUUUGGUCCUGAAGAGUGUACUUGUUCAUGUGUGCAGAGUGUGUGAAGAAGUUUAUGUUGGAAAGUUUCCACACCAAAUACGCACUUGCGAUGUUGCCGGGAGUCUUCCAACAAAAGAGCAUUGCUGGGUUCCUGGAGGAACUGAGCAUGUACUACCGGUGAUUGACUCCUUCCAUCUUUAUGAUAGAUUGGGCAGAGCAGUUUCUCAUGAGGAAAGGCUUCAAGUUGAUAGAAUUCCUGCCAUUGUAGAAUUGUGUGUGCAGGCAGGUAUGGAUAUAUCUGAGUAUCCUACAAAGCGAAGAGUUUAUCCUGUUUAUAAUAUUGCAGGAAAGCUGAUAGAUUUUGAGCGGAAGUUUCCACGAGACUAUUCUAGUGGUAAAGAUAUUGAGCCACAUGGAUUUUGGUUGAGGAAGAAGGAUAGGAUACAUUGCAGUACUCCAUCUUUCUCGGCUAACGAAGAUCUUCAAGAUAUUGCACUGCGAGGGAUGAAUGCAUGGGAGAAAAUGAGGUUAGGUGCCAUACAACUCAUGCGAACAUACACAGUUCAAACUUGCGGGUAUUGUCCUGAGGUCCAGGUAGGGCCGAAGGGACACCGUGCAAGAAUUUGCCAGGCAUACAAGCAUCAAAUGCGAGCUGGACAGCAUGCUUGGCAGGAGGCAACCAUUGAUGAUUUGGUGCCACCGGUUUAUGUGUGGCAUGUUCGUGGGCUUCAUACUGGCGGUGAAUUACUUGUCCAUGACAUGAGGAGGUAUUAUGGGAAGCUUCCAGCUGUAGUCGAGCUCUUUGCGCAGGCUGGCGCUUGUGUGGGGGAGGGUUACGGUGAGCUGAUGAGGGAGGAUGUGGCAGUGCCAGGGUUGGAUGAGGAGAGAUUAGUUGUAUGAUGUUUGAUUUGCUCAAAAUGGAGUUGCAUGAUGUUUUGUACUUAAAAAUAAGUUUUUAAGCUAUUUUUUAUGAUUCUGAUGGCAUUUUACAAA